GACAGAUCGAAUUGUACCACCGCAGGCAAAAAGGAACGAAAAAUAAUUUUCAAAYUGGGGUGUCGCASUUGCGGUUSAUGGAUGAUGCCCRAGUUGCCAUUGCUUGUUUACAAGAAUAAUAYUGUAUUGACACAGUUGUCUKUUCCGUCCUAAUCAACAAAAAGCACAAUGCGAAGCAGCAUCGGGUCUCGCUUCCGGCUUAUUCGGAGACGAAUCGAUGCCUCCGACUACCUGCAUGGCCGUCACCGUCACUGUCACCGCCGAUCCUUUGCGAUCUAUGGUGUCGGCGAAGGAUGGACGGGUGCGCUGACGCGCCAACACAUCUUCAAGUCGAUUCCCGGUCAAUUCGACGAGGAAGGAGCGGGCUUCGACGGCGAAAGGGAUCCGGAAGAAAGACCCCACCGGACCGGCAGCGACGACGGGACAUCGCUCGAGUGGCUGUCUCCCCCCGCCUCCCCCCGGCCGGUUCUGAUCUACGAACACGACGACGUCCAGCGCGCCGCCGCCGGGUGGGGCGUCAGCGCCUUCCUGGACACGCGGGGUGCCCUCCGGGUCGUAGGCCGGCCCCACGACCUCGUGUCGCUGCUGCGGCUGAACCGCAUGCCCGGGCUGCUCCAGCGGUGGAUCAAUCGAAACCACGACACGAGUGCGACCACUCCCGUCGGAACGAUGGUUUCGAGCCUGAUCGGGUGGGCCACGGGAAGCCUGGGCGGGGUGCCCGGAGACAACGAGAGGUGGAAGGUAGCGGAGCAAUUCUCGCUCCUGGACGACUGGACCAGGGUGGAGGUCAACCACAGCGGCGGUACGAAGAUAGGAAAGACGGCUGGUGAAUUCGACACGACGAGAAUCAAACAACUGGCCUGUGGRCCUGGUUUCCUCGCUAUGAUCUCGGAAUGCGGUUCCCUGUAUACAAUGGGGGUGAACAACCGAGGCCAGUGCGGGACAGGUGCUAUCAGCAACAACGUUUGGACGCCCCAAGCGGUAAGGGGGUUGUCGAUGACGUCGUUGAACAUAGGAGGAGGAGACAAAAUUAGCGACAAAAUGGCCUCCGAACAGGAUCARCCGAUGGUGCAGGUUUGUUUGGGCUUCCAGCACGGCUAUGCUCUGUCACGAGACGGGCAGGUGUACAGCUGGGGCAAAGCYUCGCGUGGUCAGCUGGGACGAACCGUGGACUCGGAUCAAGACCCGUGGGCACGGCCAAUCCAGUUCGAUAACGCCGACGGCAAUCCGCGAGUAGUAGCCAUUGGGGCCGGGUUUCACCACGGUGCGCUGCUGACCGAAGACAACGAGGUUUUUGUCUGGGGAAAAAACAUGGYUCGCAACGCCGGCGAAGAAGACGACGCCAAUUCCGAUGGUGGUGACGAGCAGCCCGUUGAUCCAUCGGACGCACGAACGCCAMAGAAAGUGCUCGGAUUGCCCGACUCCGCACACGACAACCAAUCACCCAUGAAGGUGGAACGAAUAUCUUGUGGGUCGCACCACACGGCAAUGCUCAUGGAGGACGGAAGCAUUUUCGGCAUCGGCAUUGCGUCGGAUGAACCGGUGCCGAUCCUGGAUCCCGUAGAACUCAUCCCGCCGGGAGUUCURGAGCUUCCCCUMCGGCACUUCGAAGCCCACCACGAUCGAACCUCGGUGAUCGACAACAGCGGCGCGGUGUACCAGGUCCACCUUUGGAACGACGAGACGCUGCGAGAAUACGCGUACUUUACUCCUUCUUACGUGGACGCACUSCUGGACGAAGGGCACGACAUUCAGUCUAUACACCGCGGCUGGCGCCAUACGAUCAUAGUAACAGAAAAUAACUAGCCGCAUACGGAAUUUUUAAAAAUACAGAUGUUGCUUAUGC